AUGAACUCUGUUCAGAAGCCCGGUGCUAAUGAAGUGGUGUCCACUACACUGUGCUAUGAAGUAAAUGGUUCCUGCUCCAGAACGCUUCACUCCUUUGGCAUCCAGCUGGCCAUCUACAUGGCCUGUGCCAUGGGCAUGCUGCUCACUGUACUGGGGAACCUGAUGGUGGUGAUUGCAGUCUCCCACUUCAAAACCCUACAUACCCCCACCAACUUCUUACUACUCUCCCUGGCCCUUGCAGAUCUCCUCCUGGGGAUAACGGUCUGCUGGUAUUUUGGAGAUGACUUUUGUAGGCUGCAUACCUUUCUGGACACUGUCUUUUGUUUGACCUCCAUAUUUCAUCUGUGUUUUAUCUCUGUUGACCGUUACUAUGCAGUUUGUGACCCUCUGCAUUAUGUCACCAAAAUAACUAUCCCUGUGAUAGUAUUAUUUUUAUUAAUUAGCUGGACUGUCCCAUUCUUAUUGGCUUUUGGCCUAGUUUUCUCAGAGCUGAAUAUUGAUGGCAUUGAAGAAUAUGUGGCUUCCAUUGACUGCAGUGGUUUCUGUGUCUUCAUACUUAACAAGCUCUGGGGAGUGAUGGCUUCUCUUAUAGCCUUCUUUUUCCCAGGCACAGUGAUGGUGGGGAUCUAUGUCCACAUAUUUACUGUGGCAAGAAAACAUGCUAGACAAAUUGCUAAAAUCCCCAGGGCAAUAAAAUGUGUCUCUGAAAUGAAAAACAAAAUCUCCACAAAAAAAGAGAACAAAGCAACUAAGACUUUAAGUAUAGUCAUGGGGGUAUUUGUUUUUUGUUGGCUGCCUUUCUUUAUUCUUACGAUAGUUGAUCCUUUUAUUAACUUCUCAACACCUGAAGACUUGUACAAUGCCUUCCUCUGGCUGGGAUACUUCAAUUCUACUUGUAAUCCAAUCAUUUACGCUUUAUUUUAUUCUUGGUUUCGCAAAGCAUUUAAAAUGAUUGUGACUGGUACAAUCUUCAGACCAGAAUCCUCUACUCGUACUUUAUUUCCCACAAAUACUUAGUUAGCCAGGUAGGGCUUUUAUGAAUGGAUUAGCAUUAAUAGAUGCAUAUGCUAUUUCUGGAGA